AUGGCCGACGACGACUGGGAUGACGAUUUCGAAGAGGACACUGGCCCCUACGUGCUGCAGCCCGAGGACAUUCUCGCGCGCGCGCGCUGCCUUUAUGACUUCGAGUCGACAAACGAAGUCGAGCUACCCCUGCGUGAGGGAGACAUCAUCAAUGUGACCCGCUUGGACGUUGGUGGUGGCUGGCUGGAGGGUGAGCUCAACGGUCAGCAUGGGCUGUUCCCCGAAUCCUACGUGGAGGUGCUUGCUGCAGAUGACCAGGGCGCGGCCGCACCGGUCUCAGCCGUGCCUCAGGCCGCCUCAGCCGCACCCCCCAUGGCUUCGAGCGUGCCUCGCCCGGGACCUGGAACCUCUGCUGCUGACGCCCCUGCUGAUGCCUGUGUGAUCCUGAGUGGGCACGUUUGGCAACCUAGUCAAGAGCCCUUUACGCUCGAAGUGUCUGCUCAAGAAGGCAAGGAAAGUAAAUUUGGUGGCUUGAAGAAGUUUACUGCCUACCAAAUUUGCAACACGACAACGCAAGCCACCGUCAUGCGCCGAUUCAAGCAUUUUGAUUGGCUGCAUCAGCGCCUGGUCGAGCUCUACCCCUGCAUCGUGAUCCCGCCUCUUCCUGAAAAACAAGUUUCGGGCCGCUUCAGCAAGAAUUUCGUCGAGUAUCGACGCCAAAAGCUCGAGCGCAUGCUGAAUCGGGUAGCCUUGCACCCUGUCCUUGGUGCUUCUUCCGUCUUUCGUCACUUUCUCACCGCUACAGACAAAAAGGACUGGAAGAGCGGCAAGCGCCAGGCAGAGGGUGAGGCCAAGAGCGGCACCUUUGUGCAAAAAGUAUAUCAGGAGGAGUUGCCUCCGUCGGAUGGUCGAGAGGUCAUUAGUGGCUUCAAAACAUUUCACACUUGGCUCGAAAAGCAGCUAACGCUGAUUGGCGACGAGUGCGAUGCCCUGUUGAUGCAGCACCACGUGGCUGCUGAACAUCUCACCAAGUUGGCUGACACCAUGGGCAAGCUUGGUGAAGCGGCCACGCGCCCGUCAUAUGCCCCUUGGUGGGAGGAGCAGUCUCCAGCAGAGAUGGACAACAUGAUGGACCGCAUGGCCUAUGUGGGUGACAACAUUCGAACGCUCGCCGCUCAAAUUGCGGAGCAAGAGGAAAAUGACCGCCGUGACUUUUUGGGCUUUUUGCGUCACGAGCAAGGUCUGCUCAAGGCAUUGCAGCCUGUUUACAAGCAGCACGACCACUUGUAUGCCGACUACAACAGCGCUCAGGGCAAAGAUGGACAGGUUGACCAGGUUGACAACCUCCGCCAGACCUGCGAAAAGGCGACCAGUGUUGUCAUGGCUGAGAUGCGUCACCUCCAUGAGAGUUUGUUGAAUGACAUCCACGCUUCCAUGAAGCUGCACAUUGAGAAUCAAGUCGCCUACCACCAGCGAUUGGCAGCCGUAUGGGAGAACUUGCGUGAACAGUUUCCGUGAUCAUUUCGUCAUUUGUUUUACAAGAUUUUUUUUUUUUUAAAAAAAAACCAGGCCCAUUGGGCUCGUGCUCUCUGAAGACCUGCCACUGUUUUGGGCGUGCUUGCGUCAGCCUUCUGCCUUGUGUUCCCAAGCUUCGGAAUUUACUCCUUGACUCG